AUAGUCCGAAACAUGUCAAGAAAAGAAAGUAAUGAUGAACAAAUGAAGUUCAACAGAGAAGAAGAAGAAGAGGAUGAAGAUGAUGAUGAUAACAGGGGUCAUGAUGCUUGGGAGAGGACUUACGCCGACGAGAGGUCAUGGGAGUCCCUUCAAGAGGAUGAGUCCGGCCUCCUUCGACCUAUCGACAACAAAACUCUCUACCAUUCCCAAUAUCGAAGGCGCCUUCGAACUACGACAGCUGCAAGAAUUCAGAAGGGUCUGAUUCGGUAUCUGUACAUCGUCAUUGAUCUUUCAAGGGCAGCUGGCGACAUUGAUUAUAAACCCAGCCGAUUGCUUGUUGUGGCUCGACAUGUCGUAGCUUUCAUCAGAGAAUUUUUUUAUCAAAACCCUUUGAGUCAGAUUGGAUUAGUUACAUUGAAAGAUGGGAUAGCACAUUGCCUAACAGAUCUUGGCGGAAGUCCAGAGUCACACAUAAAUGCUUUGCAGAAUAAGUUGACGAGCUCGGGAGAUGCAUCACUGCAAAACGGCCUCGAUCUUGUCCAAAACCUUUUGAAUCAAAUUCCCACAUACGGCCACCGAGAGGUUCUCAUUUUGUAUUCAGCUCUUAGUACCUGUGAUCCUGGUGAUAUUAUGGAGACAAUUCAGAAAUGCAAAACUUCCAAGAUCAGGUGCUCGGUUAUUGGCCUCUCGGCUGAGCUCUACAUCUGCAAGUAUCUCUGUCAAGAAACAGGUGGGAUAUACUCAGUGGCGCUAGAUGAGGUGAGCUGCAUUUGUGAACGGUGCUUUGUAAUUCUAGUUCUGGAUAUCUUCCUAUGGCAGUCCCACUUAAAAGACUUGGUGUUUGAACAUGCACCUCCACCACCUGCUAUUGCUGAAUUCGCAGUCGCAAAUCUGAUUAAGAUGGGCUUUCCUCAGCGAGCAGCAGAAGGAGUAAUCUCAAUCUGUUCCUGUCAUAAAGUGGCUAAAGUUGGUGGAGGCUACACUUGCCCGAGAUGCAAAGCACGGGUUUGUGACUUGCCCACAGAGUGUCAAAUAUGUGGGUUGACUCUUAUAUCUUCACCCCACCUCGCGAGGUCUUAUCACCACCUUUUUCCAAUUACCCCGUUUGAUGAUGUGGCGCCGUCAGUCUCGAACAACCAACGCCAUCUUUCCAAAAACUGCUUCGGCUGCCUGCAAAGCCUCCUGAAUCCUGGGAACAUGCCAGCUCCUUGCGUUUCAUGUCCGAAAUGCAAGAAAUACUUUUGCCUGGAUUGCGACAUUUAUAUUCACGAGAGCUUGCAUAACUGUCCGGGUUGCGAGAGCUUCCGGCAUUCAAAAACAGCUAGCACUGCUGAGUAGUUAGAAAACUGGAAAAAGUUAUCUGGUCCUGAUAAUCGGCAUACGUGACAGUUCUGGUUUCUAUUUACACAUGUAUUUGAAGCACCCUUCGAAAACGGAACCAUACCCUACUGUUUUUUCAUCCUUUUUCCAGUAUACGGCUUUGAUUGGGAUCCUGUUGAUUGAGCAGAAUCACAGCUGAUGCUUUGUAUUCUACUGUCUGCAUGCCCUUAUCUCUUGCUCUGGGGGAAGUAAACAUUUUCUUUUAGCAGCAGAAAAGAGAGUGUUUCCAGUAUCAUAGAGUAUUGAUCCUUUCUGCUGAUUUUGUUUCCUAGUUAAUUCAUAUGAACUAG